AUGCUCAGACGAAUACCUAAAAUAAAGCACUGUGCCUCGCAGAUAUUUUCUCGGAAAUCGUCAACCAACCGCGGUACACCAUACGAUGCCAUUUUCACAAAUAAGAAACUGAGAGCCUAUCCCUUCGAGGUCUCUCCGGAAGAUGCUCUAAGGCAAAUGGGAGGAUGGGCGGGCGCAUUCAGCAGUACGACAGCGAGUGGGCUCAUGAGCUCGGUGCUUGCUACGGUGGUGCCAUUUAUUGAUUACCAACGCCCCGUCAAAAUGACCGCUGUUUACUUUCCGGCUUGGAUCAUCAAUGCAGAAAUCGAGGCCAGACUUACCCAUGGAUCAUCAGAGCAAAACGCGUCGGCAACCAUUAGAAAUACAUAUGUCCCAGGCUUCGACGCUCCACUAUUGUCUGCUGCACCUCUGUGGAAUUCAGACGGAGACAACUACAGGGAAGACUUGGUACCGUUUACUGCAGAGUUUUUGGAGCAGCAAGCAUUAGAUGUCCAAUGUAUACCUUUCUCGGUGUCACCAUUUUCCCUUCUCGACAUUCCGGCCUCUGCGAACAGCAGUACAUCAUGGGAAAUUAGCCGGGAUUUAAGUGUAUCCCCUUCGUCCAUAAGGACAACGUUGUUUUCAGCACAGCCAGUUUUGAUCCCACUCUACAUGGGUCUCUACAAUGUUGGUGAAAAGACUGGCCAAACAAUGACUUUCUUCACUUCAGGCUUUGCGAAUGCCCAAAAUGUCAUGACGCAGAACAUCAGUGGUAUGAAUCGAGUAGUGGAAGAAACCUACAAAGGCCUCUCGAAGCUUUCCCUAUUCAAAUGGCUAGAUCUUGACGCAGAGGUUUUCAGGUUCACUGACUACGAGUCAGUGCGGCAAGUGCACAUUGGAGGAGUAUCUAUAUCACCCGCCGUCGACACCGCAAAUUCAAUUUCCAAAUGGCUACAAGGCCAACUUGGUUCGUCUGAAAACAUCUCGAAACUGGCUGCAAUGCGCAGAUUCGAAAGUGAUUCCGACCUACGCAUUCGGGAAAUGUCAGAAGAGGAAGACCAGGCAUUGAAACGAUAUUUAGAUCUUUCAUCAGAAAUAAGCAUGAUCAAACGGAUUAUUGAAACGAUGAAAGUCGCAAAUAACAAAGCCAUGGUUCUUACUUAUGGGGAUGGCAAGAUGCCGCACUUUCAGGCUGCAGAAGCUGCCGCUGCUACGUUGGCCGCCAAACUUGAGGAACUAGAACGCCAACGAGAAGAAGCUAGGCCUGAGUGGUGGAUGGUGUGGGAGGUGUCAAAUAGCACGUUGUAG